AUGGAACGGUACUUUCAGAGAAAGAGUUUAAAUCCUCCUUCAAAUAAUCCGGCUAGUUCCAACCCUCCUUCAAAUAAUCUGGCUAGUUCAAAUCAUCUUUCAAAUAAUCCACCUACUUCACAUCCUCCCUUAAAUAAUUCGAGUAGUCCACAACAAUCGGAGGUCACUGAGUUGGAUGAAAUAUUGGCUAAUCUCCUGCAGACCCUGAACUUAGACCUCCAAUAA